GAAAUCAGACAUGGCCAGAAACACAACUGCCUCAGAUCUCAGUUACGAUGAGCGUGAGGUCUUUACAGACGACAAAAACCAUUCGAUUAAAUAUCGGACUCUGUCCUGGCAGUCUGCGGCUUUUAUCAUGAUCACGGAAAUUGUGACUGGUGGCACCUUGACCCUGCCUCAGGCAAUCGCCGUCGUCGGUCUCGUUCCUGGCACUAUCAUCAUUGUCUUCUGUGGAGUCUGGGCUUUGUUCACGUCGUUCCUGCUCAUCGAUUUCAAACUUAAUCAUCCGGAAGUGCAUAACAUGGGCGAUGCGGGAUUCAUCUUGUUUUCGCCCUUCGGACUAGGGGCAAUAGGGAGAGAGGUAUUGAGUGCUGGAACCAUUCUGUUUGCCAUCACAGGAGUGGGCAGUAUGAGCUUGCUCGGACAGCUGGCUUUGCAGACGUUGAGUCAGGGUGGCAUGUGUGCGAUGUCAUAUCUGGGCAUCUGGACAUGUGUCACCUUUCUUUUUGCUGUCCCAAGGACCUUCGGUGCUGGAUUACAAGGUUUUUCUGUGGCUGCCUGUAUCUCGGUCUUGGUCGCAACUCUGGUUGCGAUGAUCGGUGCUGGUGUCGAACCAACGCCUGAUCGCGUGGUAGUUGCUACAGCUCCGAACACAUUCUACACAGCCUUCUUAGCCAUCACUAACCCUGCAUAUGCCGGCCAUUUCAUCUUCUUCACCAUCAUAUCCGAGAUGAAAGUCCCAAGCGACUCCAAGAAGUCAGCUUGGGCACUUCAGCUCUUCAGUACGACAUGGUAUGUCAUCUUCGCCGUGGUAUCAUAUGUCUAUCUCGGCUCCACGGUACAAAGUCCCUCGUUCCUGAGUCUAUCAGAAACUUGGGCGAAAGUGGCAUGGGGACUCUUUUUGCCGAACAUAUUAGUUGCUGGGGCAUUGUAUAAUCAUUUCGCUGCAAAGAUUGUGUUUGUAAGGAUGUUUAGAAACAGUAGGCACCUCACAGAGAACACGAUGCUGGGGUGGGGAGUCUGGAUAUUACUGCUUGCUGUUGCAAAUGCUUGCGGUNUCUUCUCGUACCUGGGCGGUAUAGUCGCAUCUGCUUUUGCGUCCUGGUAUACCUAUGGUCUUGCAGGAGCAUUCUGGUGGUAUGAUACCCACUAUCUUGAAGAUGGUUGGAGAUCCGUCAGGAAGAAGUGGCCUAUGUUCUUGGUGUGCUUUGGCACCCUGAUCUGUGGCGGCUUCAUCUGCGUUGGUGGACUAUACGCGAUCAUCAAGUCCGUGAUCGAGGCCUACGCUUCUGGCGCUGUGGGACAUCCUUUUACUUGC